CUUCUUUUCGCCCAUCCCAAACCUCUGGUUCGCAUCUCGUUCCCCAUUCAAAAGCAGAUUAGCAGUUUCCGGGCCAGCAGACCUCCACAAUGGCAGGGAAAGUGACUUUGUAUAAGCUCGUGGUGCUCGGGGACGGUGGCGUUGGAAAGACAGCCUUGACCAUCCAACUGUGUCUAAACCAUUUCAUCGAAACCUACGACCCGACUAUUGAGGAUUCAUACCGCAAGCAGGUGCAGAUUGACUCGCAGUCAUGCAUGCUGGAAGUGCUUGACACGGCAGGCCAAGAAGAAUACAUUGCGCUGAGAGACCAGUGGAUACGAGAUGGCGAUGGCUUCGUGCUGGUCUAUAGCAUCUCGUCCCGGCCAUCCUUUGCCCGCAUUCAAAAGUUUCACGACCAAAUCCAACGGGUCAAGGAAUCGAACGGUUCUACGUUCGGCCCCGUAGUGAUGCUGGUGGGAAACAAGUGCGAUAGGGUGACAGAACGCGAAGUGCCGGCCAAGGAAGGCAGCGCACUCGCUCGCGAGCUGGGAUGCAGCUUUGUGGAGGCUUCUGCGAAGAAGUGCAUAAAUGUUGAGAAGGCCUUUUACGACGUCGUCCGGACGCUGAGGCGGCAAAGGAUAAGACAAAGACAAGAGUCUUCUGGCGGCAAAAGAAGGGGCGUUCGCAAGAAAAACCGACGCGAGGUGCAAAGGGAGCAACGACAAGAGUCUUUUCGCGGCCAAAACAGCGACAUGAGCAAAACAACCAACGCAUGCCGUAUUCUGUAGGGUCUGCGACAGUUGAUUGUUGUACAGAGUACGUGAGACGUGCCCACAUUAUUGUUCUUCUUAGUAGGUAUUGUCUUUGUCCCUGGCGUUGGCUUGUGUUGUAGGAAACUCAUGUUUAGUUAUCUUUGAAGGGGGAAUAUCUUUAAAAGAGAUUUGCCAAACUAUUCCAGGUUUGAAAGGGGUCGACAGGCCCGAUCCUGUUCGACGGUUCGGAGCUGGAGGUGGAGCUGGAGGCGAAGGGUAUUCUUGAGGCUUUGACAUCUUCUUCCGGGACAGUCAGCAAUUGUAUAUAGGUUAGUAUCGCUUUAAUACUCACCUUCUGAAAC